AUGGCGAAGACAAAGCAUCGAGAGCGCAAGCUGCCCAAGCAGCAGUUGACCAUAUUGGCAAUAUGCCGCUUCGCCGAACCCAUCUCCUCGACCUCCCUCUACCCCUACCUCCCUGAAAUGGUCGAAUCCUUCAACGUCCCGCAAAACGAAGUCGGAAAAUGGGCAGGAAUCUGCGCCGCAGUCUUCUCGCUCUUCCAAGCCCUCGUGGGCGUACCCUGGGGUCGAUUCUCCGACAGAUAUGGUCGCAAGCCCGCAAUCCUCAUCGGACUCACGAGCACAAUGUUCACGACGAUAAUGCUGGGAUUCAGUACCAGCUUACCGAUGGCGAUUCUCGCGAGAGCAAUAGCAGGAGCUGGAAAUGGGAAUGUGGGGAUCAUACGGACGACGGUGGCAGAAAUGGUGCCGUUCAAAGAGCUGCAGCCUCGAGCGUUCAGCCUGAUGCCAUUGGUAUGGAACAUUGGUAGUAUCUUCGGGCCUACAAUUGGCGGUGCGUUGGCAAACCCGUACAAUGUUCAGCCGGGAGAGGAACACAGGAGUGGGAACUUGCUAAGGAUGUAUCCUUACGCUUUGCCGAAUAUUGUUUCAGCACUGAUCUUUGCGGUUGGCAUUACGACUGGCUUGCUCUUUCUGGAAGAGACGCUGGAGGGCAAGGAGAAUAGACGAGAUUACGGCCUCAUACUCGGAAAGAAGCUCACAUCUGCAACGAAGCGACUAUCGCUUAGGCUAGCACGACUGCUCCGCCUGCGCCCAGCACUCAGCGAAGACGAAGCCAAUCGCGAAACCGAACCUCUGAUCAAGCGCAGCUCCGAUGAAGAAGAUUCGCUUUCAUCCGAGACGAAGGUCGACCUCCCACGCCCAACAUGGCGCUCCGUUCUCAAUCGCCAAUCCGUGGUCAAUCUCAUCGUCUACACCCUCCUCGCCAUGCACGGCAUGGCGUUCGACCAGCUCAUACCCGUCUACAUGCAACACUCGCCAAUCGGUAGCCCGCACUCAACACCCUAUACAUUCCCUCUCAAAUUUGCCGGCGGCUUCGGCCUCAACCACUUCGAGAUCGGCCUGAUGUCGACAUUCUACGGCGUGGCAGGCAUGUUCGUGCAGUUCUUCGUCUUCCCUCCUCUAUGCCGGAAGUACGGAGUCCUGUUCUGGCUCAAGGUGUCCGCUUGCACUUUCCCGAUUGUCUACUUCAUCACGCCAUUCACCGCCCUGCUGCCCACGACCCGCUGGCAAGUCAUUUGCAUGUUCGCCUUGAUGGCGACAAAGUGUCUGGCCGGGAUCUUCGCCUUUCCCUGCAGCACGAUCCUGCUCACGAACAGCGCUAGCAGUCUACGCACACUCGGCACGCUGAACGGGAUUGCGACCAGUGUCAGUGCUAUUGGACGUGCGAUUGGGCCGGCGAUGUCCGGGGCGAUUUUCUCGGUUGGAGUGAAGAGGGGGUAUGUCAUUGCGCCUUGGUGGUUCAUGGCGGCCAUUGCGGCGCUUGCAGCGGUACCAGUUUGGUGGCUGGUGGAAGGCGAGGGCUUUGGAGGCGACGAUGAGGUCAGUGAUGUCGAGGAGGAUGAGGAGGACUUGGAAGAAGGAAUUCUGGAAACAGGACUGGAAGGGCAAGCAGAAGGCCAGGCUAAACCAGGACCACUGCCAGGCGUGAAGACGCAAGACGCUCACAACGACGACGAGCAGCUGGAACGAGCAUACGGUGGUCUCGCUCCACUCAGUCGCACAGCGACCAUGGCAUCCUCCGUCCUCUCCGACGAUGAUGGCGCUCCUCCGUCAGCGACCCGAGGCAGGAGUCGGGCUACGUCUGCCGCGGAUCUCGAUCGGCAAGGUGGACCUUCAUCAACACCACCACCGACGUUGAGUCGCAGAAAUUCGAAGCGUGUGAUGAGGAAGAUUUCGAUUCCGAUUGGUAUGGGCAGGGAGGGCAUCAGUCGACGGUACUCGAGUAAUUUGGGUCAGAGCUUUGGGAGUGCGGGGAGCUAUCAGUGA